ACCACCGUGUGUCCUUGAGUAGAGGUGCCCUAAACAUGAUGUAAACCACAGAUGGACUGAAGGUGAUACAAAUUCUAAAAUCACAGGGCACUUUCAAAAGAAAAGAUAAAAUAGCACAGAGAUUCCCAUCGACCGGGCAGGCAGCUGACAUUCCCAUAAAAUCCAGAUUCACCCUAGCUAACGGUGUUGACAUCUGCGACAGCUGCUUUAGCAAGGACACGUCCAGAAGGCAAAGUAGAGGAGCUGGUUGGAGGUACUAUCCUCCCCAUCACCUCCUAAGGCACCCAGGAUGAGGUGGCAGCCAGGCCAUCGCGGGCAAGGGCCCUUCGAAGGCUGAUGUGUGUCUGGCAGCUAUGCACACUGUGUCUGCAGUGGUGGCCGCAUGCUUGGCUGGGGAGGUGCUUGCUACAGCGUGGGGUGGGGCAGGCAGGCCUUGGGCCCAGUGCUGGCCAAGGUCCUGGGCUGUAAUGAUGGUGUCUUCUUCUGUGACCAGACGUGUGACCGCAUCAAGCAGUCGGCCAGCGGGACCAAGCGCCGCGUGUUCAUCAUCGAGACCAUGGGGGGCUACUGUGGCUACCUGGCCAACAUGGGAGGGCUCGCAGCUGGCGCAGACGCUGCCUACAUUUUUGAAGAGCCAUUUGAUAUCAGGGACCUGCAGUCCAAUGUAGAACACCUGACGGAGAAAAUGAAGACCACCAUUCAGAGGGGUCUUGUGCUCAGAAACGAGAGCUGCAGUGAAAAUUACACCACCGACUUCAUUUACCAGCUCUAUUCGGAGGAGGGUAAAGGGGUGUUCGACUGCAGGAAGAACGUGCUGGGCCACAUGCAGCAGGGCGGAGCACCCUCUCCUUUUGAUAGAAACUUCGGGACCAAAAUCUCAGCCAGAGCUAUGCAGUGGAUCACCACAAAGCUGAAGGAGUCCCAGGGGAAAGGAAGAAAAUUUGUUACUGAUGAUUCCAUUUGUGUGCUGGGGAUAAGCAAAAGAAACCUCCUUUUUCAACCUGUGACAGAGCUGAAGAAGGAGACAGAUUUUGAGCACAGAAUUCCCAAAGAACAGUGGUGGCUCAAACUGCGGCCUCUCAUGAAAAUCCUGGCCAAAUACAAGACAAGCUACGACGUGUCCGACUCUGGCCAGCUGGAGCACCUGCAUCACCCCCGCAGCUCCCACGGGGAGCCUGCCGCCAUCUGAACUGCAUGCGCUGCUCGCCCACCCCCACACAUUCAUCCAGUGAGGCCUGAAACCUACCGCGGACCGUCCUGUUUUGUAACACUUAAGUUAUUUAUCAGCACUUUACGCAAGCAUUGACAUUCAGACCUAAUAAAGCACUGGUCACCAACAUUGUUCUGAUCCCAGUCAGGUCCUAAGAGAUUGUCUACUGUUCCUCGAUCUAUGCUUUAAAAUGUGUGUGUCUACUAGAAUUAAACAUUUGGCUGAAACUCCCAA